AUGCCCGCACAUCUCGCUCACGACGAGUUCUUCACCUCCCUCUCCACCCUCCUCACCACCACCUCCCAAAAAGCCCGCGGCUCGAUCUUCCUCACCCAAAAGCCUCUCCUCACGGACGCCUCCAACACCGGCGAAUCUUCCUCCCCUUCAAUCCUCAUCCGCGCCACAGAUGGAAACACCAACGCGCCGAACCCCAAGUCCUCGAAGGCCGCAGACGCAAAGAGCAAGCCGAACAAGCCGUCGUCGCAGAAGGUGAAGCUGUCGACGGUCGUCGCGCCGGAGGAGCUGGAGGCGUUCUAUGCCAGAUAUGCGGAGGUGUGUAAGGCGGGGAUGACGGGGCUGAAGAAGAGGGAUCGGAAGCGUGGGAAGGCGAAGGGGAAGGGGGCCGCGGGGAAGGUUACCAAGGCUUAG